GGGCGGCUGUGAGGACGGGGCAGGUGGGAUGAGCUGUGCGUGGAGGGGAGGAGCAGUCACCUCUCCUCAGCGUGGUUGUCGGGCAGAGGGCCGCGGCCGGGCGCUGGCGUGUGGAGGGACGCGGGCUGCGGCACCACCUGUUGCCGCCGCCCCGCCCGCCUCAACUUCGCGGCUCCUGCGGUGCUCAAAAUGGCUGGGCUUGCCUUUGCCGCAGGGCGCAGUAGGGAAACUGCCUGAGGGGGAACGUACGAGCUUCUAGAUGUUACAAACGAACAGGAACGCCAGAAAAAAAUAGAGAGGUGGUUGGUUUCUGGAAAACUUACUGCCGUCUACCCACCUGUGCCCGUGAAACACGAUGCCGCCUGCACAGGGCAGUCUGACCAGUCCCAGCCCUACGGGCUGCUGUAAAAUUGCGGCGUCUCCUGGGGUCUCGCAUGGGUCUAGGAGCAGAGGUCUGGGGUUUGCAGGAAGUGACUGCCUGGAGCAGGUGCCACCUGCCCAGAGUGAGCUAGGCAGGGGCUCACGGGUGGAGACCAGCUUAGACACCUGACCUGGAGUGAGACUGAGUGACAAGAGAGCAAGAAAAGAUUUUUUUAUUAUUUAUUUGUUUAUUUUUCCCUUCUGGCUUUUAUGAUGCAGACUCAGAUUAACUUCCAUUUUACUGGGUAUGGCUGCUGAGGAGGGUGGGACUAGCCUUUCAAGAUCCAUAUUCCAGCCUCACAUUUAAUGAUGUAUCAUGGGCACUUAGCAAUAGAAGAACGCUUAUGUAAUUGUAUCUUGGGCAUGUAACUAGAAAUAACGUUGUUACUCAGAGGCAUUAAUGAUAUUUAGUGUUUUCAUCAUGUUGCUUUAUUUUCUUGCAGUCUGGGUAAACUUCCUAGGUAAUUAAUGUCACUUCGGGGUCCCUUGAUGAGGUAACUCAUUUCAUUGUUUAUAGAGUCAUCAGAUUUCCACCAGGAAGAAUCCUGGACUUUUAUGGCUGAGGUGAAGAAGAUAAUAUGAAUCUCCACUUUUGCAGCACCCUGAUGUUAAUUUAGAUUAAGGAUGAAAAGGGGUUCACAGCUGCCUGGAACAUGGUUCAGAGGGCAGAGACUGAUAGUUUCAGUAAAGAGAAGCUGGUGCAGGCAAAUGUCUGCUUGUCUGUUUAUCCUCCAUGCUAUCAGGCUGCAAGUCACCUCUGGUCCUGAAACCUUUAGUACAGGAUAUAUGUAAAGGGUCUUAAAUGGGUAUACUGAGCUAAAAUUAUCUUUAGUGAAAAGCAAUAGAUUAGUCUGGAGGGUGCUGAAAUAAAUAACUUACGCUUUUUCUAUGGAUAAAAAACAUUUAAUCCAAUUCCUUGUAUUCCUUAAACACGUGUUCAUUAGAGCAUAAGCAAAGCAGCGCUGGGUGCGCGGGGGAUUCACUCCGCCCAACACGCACACCUUUAAACAAUAAGAAGUGUGCUUAAAUACAGUAAGGUAUUACAUAUUCAUAAUGACCCCAGGAACGCCUAUACAUAUUCAUAACCUUUCCCCGCUUCUGAUUAAAAUGAGUCUCAGAUAACCAUUUCCAUAGACCCUCCCCUGUUGCGCCUGCGCAGUGCCACUUGGUGAAUUUGAGGAGGGGUCUUUGGGGGUCUUUGGAUGAAGGCUCCUUCAGCUUCAUCACAGUGAACUUUUUACCUUUGGCUCAUUAUGUUGAAUUGACUGGGACCCAAGCUGCCAAGUUGAAUGAAACCAGACUGGCGCCCCCUUUUGCUGUAAAUCUUCGUUAUCUUGUCUCCUCAAGUUUACAGCUAGGUGCAGUAAAACUUCUUAUCUUGGCAUUCGAUGGGGUUCUGUUCUUCUUAACAUAAAGCUCUAAACUAAGCAUUUAUUGUGUGACUAAGCCUUAAAGUGUUAGCUUGUUAGCAGGCACCCAUUAUAAGUUUAGUUAACCCUUAAAAUGUUAGUUCCCUCUGUCAAUAUAACUUCAUAAGCAAGUUUCAUAACUUUUUACAUAGAACUUAACCACCUUUUUCCAAGUUCAGAGCCCGUGCCUCAUUUGGUUAUAUCUGUAAACAUUAAACAUCUUAGCACGAAUCACAACUGCAUUUUUCACAGUACGCCUUUUCUACAUUUGCUUUAUAAUACUUAAGCUAACACAAAUAUUUACACAUGCUGGUUCAGGAGUUCUUUCCUUGUUCUGGUAAUAUGUACUACGUUAUCAAGAAUCAUAGGUAAAUUUCAAAUUGUGCUUGUGUGGUGUUAGGAAAGGAACUGGCUUUUGCCCUGCAAAUUCAUGGACAGAGCGAAUGUAGGAAUUUUGAGAACUUAAAUAUGAAAGAUAUUUCUCCUCUCAGAGUAGACCACAGGAAGCAGUUGAGGUCAAAGAAUGACACUUUUGGGUCAUGGCAGAUGUGCAGCUGAUCCACGAUAUUUUGCCAAUAGUGAACAAGUAUAAGAGACAAAGGGAAAGAAGACAAGAAGCAAGGCAACUGUAGAAUGAUUGUUCAUGUAGAUAAACCUUUCUAGUUUCCAGCCCUCUUUACUUAGAAAGGACAGAUUGUAUUUAAUAGCCAUGAAUGGAUUUUUUUUUUCCGUAAGUUCCCAUAAUUGCUGUUGAAUGUAGUUUUGGGAUUUUUUGCCUUCACAAUGACAGCUGGGUCAUUAUACAUGGUACAGUGCAUCAUUAAAUUGGAGGUACCAGGGAGCUGGUAUAAAGCAUUGAGUAACACACUGUAGUGGUGAAAAGUAAAGUGAAAUGUUACAAUACAUUUAUUCUUCAGAUGUGAAAUUCAUUCUGUAGUAAAUACUUCUCUUGGGAUGGUCAAACUACUUAUGGGGAAGUUGUGUUUCUUUCCCAUCUUGAAGUGGGCUAGCUAAAACUUCAUUUUAUUUUCUAGAUGUGGAAGCACUGAUUUUGAACAAUAGCGUAAAAAGACAAAACAUAGCACCAUGCACCAAUAUACACAGGGGACUAAAUAGUGGGAAAGCAGGUCUGCAGACAGGAACCUUGGGGUCCUUGACCAUAAGUCAGCAAUGCACCCUCUCUGUGAGGAAGGCCAACGGUACCCUAGACUAGAUUAGGAGGAGCGUUGCCAGUUUGUCAAAGGAGGUGCAUCUUCCCUCUGCUCAGCACUGGUGAGGCCACCCCUGGAGCACUGUGUCCAGUUCUGGGCUCCCCUGUACUGGGAAGACAUGGACACUAGAGAGAGUCCAGCAAAGUGCCGCGAAGAUGAUUAAAGUAUUGGAGCAUCCCUCAUAUGAGGAGAGGCUGAGCUGGAACUGUUCGGUCUGGAGAAGUAUCAGAGUGAUCUUAGUGCUGUGUACAAAUACCUGAUGGGAGGACACAAAGAAUACAGAGCCAGAUUCUUCUCAGUGGUAUUAGGUGAAAGGACAAGAGGCAACAGGUACAAAUUAAAACACAUGAAAUUCCAUCUGAACAUGAGAAAAAGCCUUUUUACUGUGAGGAUGGUCAUACACUGGAACAGGUUUCUCAGAGAGGUCAUGGCCUUUCUGUCCUUGGAGUUAUUGAAAACCUGACUGGACACAGUCAAGGCAACUUGCUCUAGCUGACUCUCUGAGCAGGGUAUUUGGACUGGGUGAUCUCAAGAGGUCCCUUUCAACCUCAGACAUUCUGUGAUUUUAUGGUCAUGAUGGUUUUGCAUAAUAAUCUUUCUCUAACAAUUUCUGGCAAGAGUUGUGGGAAGGGAGCAUAUAGUUUUUUAUAUGAGCUACUACAGUUGGAAGAAACAGUAAGUUUUGAGCAGGCGGAUUGUUUUUUGUGAAAAUGGGUUGCACUGCUUGAGUCUUAAAGCCUGAAACAGUGUAAUUCCUGUUUAGGAAGAAAUCCAACCUUUUGUAAAUAUGUGUUGUCUCUGGAAAUGAUAGGAUGCUGUGGUUGAGUACAUAAAAUGAUCAGAGAAGACAGGAAGGAUCAAGCUUGGUGUUCUGUGAGAAAGAGGUUUGAAGCUCCCAAUGCUAUGGGGAAACCCUGAGAUUGAUUUUUUUUUUUUUUUUUUUUUUUUUUUUUUGUGUGUGUACAGUGUAUACAUUGUAAUAUAGGUAACAUAAGACCUGCAGGGAGUGUCUUCCCUGUAACUUGUGGUUUGUGUUCAGCUGACCCAGACAUUUAUUGUCUAUAUAUAUGCAGUGCUGAUACAAAUAGAUUGUGUACUCAUUCAAUACUGCCAUUUGUCUUAAGGUGAAAUAAUAGGUUAUUUUAAUUGCUUUAAAACUGAAGACAUCUGUCCUGAAAUUACCUUUCUCUUCUACUGGGAACCAGGUGAUAAACAGUAUAUGUAAUCAUAGAAUAUCCUGAAUUGUAAGUGACUCACAAGAGUCACUGAGUCCAAAUCCUGACUCCACACAGGGCAACCUAAAAGUUAAACCAGUUAUCUAAGAAUAUUAUCCAAACACUUCUUGAACACUGGAAGGCUUGUGGCCAUUACCAUGUCCCUAAGAAGCUUUUUCCAGUGCAUGACCCCCAUCUCAGAAAAGAAAUGUUUCCUCAUGCCAAGGCCGAACCUCCCCUGCCAGACACAGCUUUGAGCCGUUGCCACAGAUCCUGGCACUGGGUGCCAGGGAGAAGAGCUCAGCACCUCCCUCUCCACUUCCCCUCCUCAGGAAGCUGUAGACAGCAAUGAGGUCAUCUCUCAGUCUCCUUCUUCAAGCUGAACAAAACUAAUAUCCUCAGCUGCUCCUUGUAGGUCGUGUCCUCUAGUCCUUUCACUAUUUUUCUUGCCCUGCUUUGAACACAUUAUAAUAUUUCUGUAUCAUUCUUGUAUUGUGGAGCCCAAAACUGAGCACAGUACUCAAGGUGACACUGGUUUUGGUUGAAUUUAUGGGUAUCUUGAUAAGAAGUGGUCAAUUAAAAGAUAAGUGCUUGAAAGACUGGUACUAAUCAGUGUUGUUUAGUUCCAGUUUUGUAUUGAUCUGAAGCUUUAGAAGGAAAAUAGGAGUUCUUCCUAUCUAGGAGAUGGAGCUGAAUUCAUCUAAGAGUGCAUUGAAUUUCAAUCCUGAUGCUGCUGAUUCCAUUCCAGGAGAAAGACAGCCCACAGAUAUAAAUUGGGUAAAUAAAGCUAGGAAAGACUCUAAUCAGAACAGAAGUAAUUUACCAUUUCCUGCUCUGUCUUCUGAAAGAGCUACAGAUUAUGAAAGCUCAUCCACAAAGCACUAUGGCCUCUGUAAUCCAGAAAGUCAGUAUGGGAAUUCUGAAGACUUCCACCAGUAUUUUGGUACCAGUAAAAGUUUGAAGAAUCGCAACUUGCAAAGCCAGAGAUGGCACAGAUCAAGAAAUGAUAGUACAUGUACUAGAAGUAAGAUAAGGCAAAGUGCUGCAGAUGCUGCUACAGGUGCAGGAAUUCCAGAUGCUGCAAUAGUACCUGGGAGAAGAGCACCUCCCAAAGGAUACAAUGACUUUCUGUCCUCAGAGAGUGACAGGGAGGCACCUAAUGCAGAUAGCAAAGGAGCAAAGCCAAAGAGAACACAUCUGAUGCAUGCAUCUGGAAGAGGUUUCAGGGAGAAGGGAAAGCAAGUGCAUGACCGGGAAAAGAGAGUGUGCUCUAAACAAAAAGCAGAGCUCUUUGAAAAUGUUCCAUCUUUGGAUUUGACUCAGUCUGACUCUUCAGAAUCAUCUGUUGGAAAGGCAUUCUGUGAUGCCCCUGUUGGUAGUGGGGAUGAGCAGAAAGGCUACAAUUAUGUAAACAAAAGAUAUCCCAGGAAGCCUGUGUGGAAUAAACCGCCGGCAGAAAAAGAGUGUCAGAAAAGACAUGAUUCUCACCGUAGUAAAAAUACAAAAGUAGGUAAGAAGUCUUCUCUUGCAUAUACUCCAAAAGAUAAAAAUCAGAGGAAGAAAGAACUCUCUGUUCACAAAAAUGAUGAAAACUUGACCAGUGAAUUCAGGCAUCAGUUGUCUGAUUCUGUCAGAUGUAGUGGAAGAAAGUUCCUGCUAAAGGGGGAUCAGGCACCUGCACUUCAUUUCAGCUGGACCCAGUACUGGAAAAAGCAAAGUGAUGUACCAAAAAACAAAGAAACUCAUACAGGGUCAUUGAUUGAACAGCUGACCACAGAGAAGUACGAGUGCAUGGUAUGCUGUGAAGUGGUCCGAAUAGUAGCCCCAGUGUGGAGCUGUCAGAAUUGUUACCAUGUGUUCCACUUGAAUUGCAUUAAGAAGUGGGCACGAUCACCAGCUUCACAAGCUGAAGAUGGUAAUAGUGGUUGGAGAUGUCCAGCUUGUCAGAAUGCUUCUAUGCAAGUUCCUAAAAUUUAUACUUGUUUCUGUGGUAAGGUACACAAUCCUGAAUGGAAUAGAAAUGAAAUCCCACAUAGCUGUGGAGAACUUUGUGGAAAGAAGAGACAGUGUUUGGACUGUCCCCAUCUUUGUAACAUCCUGUGCCAUCCAGGACCUUGCCCUUCAUGCCCAGCCUUUGUGACAAAAACAUGUGAAUGUGGACAAACAAGUCAUUCGGUUCGCUGUGGCCAGUCAACAAAAAUUCAUUGUUCUAAUGUAUGUGGAAAUACUUUAAACUGUGGUAAGCACAGCUGUACUCAAGUGUGCCAUGCAGGAAAAUGUUCACCUUGCCAAUUAACAGUACAGCAAGUGUGUUACUGUGGAAGCAACUUUAAAGAAGUAUUGUGUGGGACAAUGGAAGAAUUCUCUGAUGGAUUUGGGAAUUUCUCAUGUCAGAAUAUAUGUGCCAAAAAAUUAAACUGUGGGAGGCACAACUGUACACAAGUAUGCCAUCCUCAGCCUUGCCAGCUCUGUCCACGACUUCCACAAGUAGUACAUCGCUGUCCCUGUGGUCAGACUCCUCUCAGCAAGUUACUGGAACUAGGAUGUGUUGAACGUAAAGUAUGCACAGACCCUAUCCCAUCAUGUGGCAAAACAUGUGGCAAGCCUCUCUCCUGUGGUAGCUAUGAGUUUGUUCAUACAUGUGAAAGCCUUUGCCAUGAAGGAGACUGCAGACCAUGCUCUCACACAUCAAAUAUUUAUUGUAGGUGUGGCUUCAAAAAAAAGGAAGUCCCAUGUGCUCUCCUCAGAAAUAAAGCUGCUAUUACAUUUAUGUGUGACAAGAGAUGCAACAAGAAAAGAUCAUGUGGACGACACAAGUGUAAUGAAGUUUGCUGUGUGGACACAGAACAUAAGUGUUCUUUGGUUUGUGGUCGUAAACUCAACUGUGGGCUUCAUAGAUGUGAAGAACCUUGUCAUCGGGGCAGUUGUCAAACAUGCUGGCAAACAAGUUUUGAGGAGUUAACUUGUUAUUGUGGUGAAUCUGUGAUUUACCCCCCUGUCCCCUGUGGCACUCAGCCACCAGAGUGUAAAAAAACAUGCACCAGGCCACAUGACUGUGAUCAUCCAGUGUACCAUUCAUGUCACAGUGAGGAGAAAUGUCCACCCUGUACCUAUCUCACUCAGAAAUGGUGUAUGGGCAAGCAUGAACUGCGAAGUAAUAUUCCUUGUCAUCUCACUGACAUUUCCUGUGGACUUCGCUGCAAUCAAAUGUUAAAAUGUGGAAUGCACAAAUGUAAAAGAAUAUGUCAUAAAGGAGAAUGUCUUAUAGAUGAAGAGUGUAAACAACCAUGUACUAUUCCAAGGCUAUAUUGUAAUCAUCCCUGUAUGGCUCCAUGUCAUCCUUCUUCACCCUGUCCGACAACAUCCUGCUCUGCAAAGGUUGAUCUUCAGUGUGAGUGUGGAAGAAGAAAGGAGAGUAUGAUUUGCUCGGAAGCAUCUAAUACCUAUCAAAGAAUAGCUGCUAUAUCUAUAGCCACUAAGCUAACAGAUCUACAGCUUGGGGAUUCAGUGGAAAUCAGCAGGCUUAUUACAAAAAAGGAAAUGAAGCAGGCCAGGUUACAAUGUGAUGAAGAAUGCUUAGCUCUUCAGAGGAACAGGCGUCUUGCUGAGGCUCUUGAAAUAGAUCAUAAUUCUGAUCCUUUUAACAUCCGUUCUUCUGGACCAAAGUACAGUGACCUUUUAAAAGAAGAUGCAAGGAAGGAUUUAAAAUUUGUCAGUGACAUUGAGAAGGAAAUGAGAAUGCUUGUGGAAGCUGUGAAUAAGGGCAAGCAUACGAAGAAGAGCCAUUGUUACCCACCAAUGAACAGAGAUCACCGCAGAAUCAUCCAUGAAUUAGCUCAGGUUUAUGGCAUUGAAAGUGUGAGCUAUGACAAUGAACCAAAGCGUAAUGUUGUUAUCACUGCAGUGAAAGGGAAAUCCAUUUGUCCAAGCAAUACCUUAACUUCUGUGCUAGAUAAAGAGUUGCAGAGCAGGCCUCCACCUCCUAUUCCUCAUUACAAACAAACAGAUAGAGGUGGUGGAAACAGUGGUUUAUCCAAGCCAUUAAAAGAAGAGCCGGUAAUUGACUACUUUGAUGUCCAGGAUUGAAAUAAUUGAUAUAGAAUUAUGGUAUAAAAGCUUAGAGGUGAAGAUACUAAGUUAUUGUGUGAGGAGGCUUUUUGGUUAUCUGUCAAAUGAUCAGUUGUUGGGCAUAUUAAUGAUUUAACAUCUAAUGUUAGAUGGAUUGCGAUAAUUUAAAAAGUUAUGCAUUUCUACAGUUUGUGUAACUGCAUAAUACAGUAGCAUAGCUUUUUAAACCUGGGUUUGGUGCAAUUUUUUUAAUAAUGUGCUGUCGGAAUGAUGUAGAUUUCCAUUGAUGCCUUUAAAGUGAGAGAACUGGUAAUCAAAUAUAUUUUUGGCAGUAGUAAGAACAAUGAUAAAUCUCAAAGAUUUAUUUUGAAAUAUCUCACCAAACUUAUAAUGGAUCAGAAAUAAUCUGUAUCAAAACACUGAUGGAAAUAUUCUUGAUGUGUUUUUGUAUUUUAUGAGUUAAGUUUUGUGUUAAUGUGCUAAAUUUGGGGAUUUGAGUUACUUUUCUACAUGGAAGGAAAUAAAAAAUUUAGUCGAAGCAUGAGUAUUUACACUAAAUGCCCAUUAAGAGCACAGACUUCCUUUGGUAUCUGAAGAACCAGGAUUUGGGGAAGGUGGGGAAUUAAAACUUACUUUACUUUAUCUCAAAUAUGAUGUGGGCAGCGGGGGAAGACAAAAAAUAAAGGGACCAAAAAAAAAAAACCCCACAGAAAAACCCAACACCAAAACCCCACCAAAAAAAAAAAAACCAACAAAACAAAAAACACCCCCCCCAAACACACCACCAUAAAAUUAUUAAUACUUUGUUAUUCAAGACCUUGAACAAACUUGGACUUUAUAUAUAGUUUUGGUGUUCUGUUUGGUUUAAUUUGCAUUUAGGUACACUAGCUUGAUGGUCUUCUGGGUUUGGUUUUUUUUUUUGCAUGGUUUUGUUGGGGGUUUAUAAUCUUUUUCUCUACUAUGCAAGCUUAAGGUGAAUAUAUGAAGUUUGUUUUAAGUAUGUUAUGAAUUUGGAACAACAUUUGUAAAACUUAUAAGAACAUCUGUCUAAACUGUUUGGUAUUGGACCAUCUUUGUUUUAUGUGAAGUGCCAUAAACAAAAUGGGAUGAUGUUUUUAAACAGUGAAGGACACCAAAGUGGUAUCAUAGAUGGUGAAUUGUUUCCAGAUGACUUAAGGUAGGUGAGUAGGGAGAGGAGAUCAGAAGAGGUGGCACAGCUCUGAAUAUGGCUAAUGUCUGUUCACUUGAGGAGGAUGUUUUUUGAAUGAAUAACUUCAGUAAAUCUGAUGCAAUUUCAUUUCUUGUUCCUUGUGGCUGCCUACAUGUAGUACUAGAGGCAAGUCCCCCGUACAGCGUAAGAGGCUGCUGCUAAAGGAGACUUAGGAUAAUGAAGAAACUGAUCUAGCAGAAGACUUGUCAUCUGUUGUCGAUUUGUUUUUCAGUCAGCUUACUAUGGUGUAGUGUAAUAUUUGUUGCCAAGAAAAUGGAAGUCAGUUAUCCGUGCUUAGGUUCACUGAGAGUUAAAUGCGACCCUGAGCCUUAACUGUGAAGCAUUCUGUGGCUACAUUACAUCUUGAACAGCUUGUGAAACGUGAAAGAAUGAGCAGCAAGCUCACAGAGACUGUAUCUGUCCCCCCCAAAUGUUUGAAAAUAAAAAUGCAUGCUGUUAUUGCUUAUUUUUGUAGGAGCUUAUUAUUUCACAUAAAAUAUUAAGCAGUCUUACAUGUUUCUAAACAUUUGAAAUGCAUAUGCUUCAGCUAAAACAGUUACCAGAAGGAUUCUCAAACCUCAAGAGUGUUCAGGCUUUUAAUUUGCAUGUAGUGGUUUAAGUUGGUUUUACCUUUUUUGUCUAACAUUUUGUGAACAGAAAUUAAAAAUAAAGUUACAUGGCUUGUAUUGCCCUAAUUUCUUAAGCAAAUUAAUGUUUGAUUCUACAAGGUGUACUGCUUUGCUAAGUUCAGCUGAAAAAUAAGUUGCUGAGCAUCUUUCUAGAAAUGUAUUUCUUCAGUCCCUUCAUUGUGAGGAGUGUAUUGGUUCCAGUGCUUGCAGACAAGUGCCAGCUCAGUGUGGCCAGACAAAAUCUAAUUCUGGUUUUGAAACUCAGAGCUAUUUUAAUAUAGAAUCAUAGAAUGCUAGGGAUUGGAAGGGACCUUGAAAGACCAUCUAGUCCAAUCCCCCUGCCAGAGCAGGAACACAGGAACUGGCUUUAACAUAACAAUGUUAACCUUGGUGUGAUGCACUUCAGCAGUCAAGUACCAGUUUGCCACUGCUUUUUAUAAGAAAACUGAGGUAAUAUUCAGCUUCUCAAGAUGAGUCUAAAUUUAUUACUGAAUCUGUUCAUACUGAGAAGUCAUAACUCUCAUCAGUAAAUCUCUUGACUACAUGAAUGUUAAAAUAUUCUUCUAGAACUGUGUGUUACAUAUCUCUAAAUUAUGGCUUUUGGAGCAUAUCUGUAGUUAUGAAGCAAGUCACAUGUACAGAAACAUUUAUUUUGAAAUGCAUUUUUACUAGGUUGGUUAAGAACAUGAUACUAUACAUUUACCCAGGAAAGUUAUACCAAAAAUAUUGAUGUCUUUCCUCCCAGAACACAGUUACAUAGCCUUAAGAAGGAACUCGGCAAAGUUUAACAGUGGUGCUCUCUGUUCUGGUUUGCUUUUGCUGUAAUUUAUCUGUUAACUUUCAUAUGGAAUAGCACUAAAGGCUGUAGUUUUGAUAUCUGUGAUAACUCGUCUUCAUAUUGCACAUGUGGCUCAUGGAAAUAUUUUUCAAAUAGCUAUUUUGUAAAUCUGAGCUGGCCUUUAUCAUUUAUCUAACAGAAAAAUUAGUGGAUAAAAGAAAUCUUUGCAUCAGUGAAGUCAGUGGCAAAAAUCCUAUUGGCAUCACUGGAACCAAGACUUAAGCUUUGAUAUGCUACUCAUUUUCUACAUCCCUAAUAAUACUAUUGUUUCUUGUAAAUUUAUUUGAAAAAAGGACUGUGCAAUAAGCAUCUUUUGAAAUUAAUUGUGAUGUCUGUUGAAAUUCAUGCAACUUCAUGAAGUGCUUUUAAAAUUGUGUAUAAAAUAGGCAGUACUUUGGCAUUUGGGCUGUGCUAUUACCUGUCUAUAUUGUUUAACAUGUUUAAAGUGGUCUGAAUAUUCAGUGCUUUGGUUUAACCUAAAAUUGUGUAAGAUGCCUGAGUAGACUUCAAUACCAGUGUUUCUGUGGCAGUUCUGUACAGUAUCUGCCGCAUAAUGAAUUGAGCAAAGUAAAAUUGUUUUAAAACACUUAAAUUAUUUGUUGAAAGUCUUCUAUUUUUUCAAGUUACUGGUAUAAAACUACUUUCUUUAGAAACAUGAAACAAAUCCAAGUUGGAACUUCAGUGCUUUGGAACUGUUUGCAAGCUUUGUCUUGGCAUUCCAAAGUUAAAAGAUAUCACAGAGAAACAAUAAAGAUUUAAAUGGAAGUCUGGGGAGACCUUUUUGUUGAAUUUUGAAAUAUGGGGUGUGAUUUCUUGGAUUUUAAGUGAUUUUUAAAUGAAUGCUCUAUGGAGAAUGAAGCAAGUAAAGAGGGACUCCCCAGGAAAUUGAGAUUAAGGAUUAUCUACUACCUUACCAGGAUUCGGAAGUACAGGACAGAUGACUAUCUGAAUAGAAAUGUACAUUAUCUGAAAAACCCUUUACUAUGUCAGCUUAAAUGCUACUUGGCAAUAAAAUGUAUUAUUUUGA